CCUGAACGAUACACAUAUCUCGAUAACCUUGCAAGCAGCCUACAAACAAUAUUUUGGCAGUGGGGCGUUAUGUCUGACUUGAAUGAGGCCAUCGAGCUCAAUCGAGCUACACUGGUGUCCUGUCCCCCCGAUCAUCUUCGUCAAUCCAUAUCUCUCAACGCCCUUGCCAUGAGCCUUCAUGACAAAUUCCAACAGUAG